UGAUGAUCCAUGGGAAGAAUGAUUCUUACAUUGGUGGUCAGUGGAAAGAACACUCAUUGCAUUGGUGAUCAGUGGGAAGAAUGUCUCUUACAUUGGUGGUCAUUGGAGAGAAUGCUCCUUACAUUGGUGGUCAUUGGGAAGAAUGCCCUUUACAUUGGUGGUCAGAGGGAAGAAAGACUCUUACAUUGGUGGUCAUUGGGAAGAAUACCCUUUACAUUGGUGGUUAGUAGGAAGAAUGCCCUUUACGUUGGUGGUUAAUAGGAAGAAUGCCCUUUACAUUGGUGGUUAGUAGGAAGAAUGCCCUUUACAUUGGUGGUUAGUAGGAAGAAUGCCCUUUACAUUGGUGGUUAGUAGGAAGAAUGCCCUUUACAUUGGUGGUUAGUAGGAAGAAUGCUCCUUACAUUGGUGGUCAUUGGGAAGAAUACCCUUUACAUUGGUGGUCAGGGGGAAGAAUACCCUCCUUACAGAUGGAUCAUAGGCGUCAGU